CUUUAACUUGCUGCUAUCUCUCUCUAUCUCCCUCCCCAAAUUUCCUUCUUCAAUCAGCUAUCCCUCUCUUGAUUAUGCUUCAUACUCUCUCUCACGCGCCUUUGCUAGCUGUAGUGAGCAUAUGAUAACGUCCGUGGAGUGUUCUUGCAAGAAUAUAUCUUCUCGAGGUCUCAUUUCUUCCUUUACUCAACUUCUGGCCGGGUCUUCUUUAAUUUCUUGAAGCUACUCUCGAUCUAGUGAGUUGUUGCAAGCUGCAAUUAGUAAAAAUCUCUCCUUUCCUAGCCUCUUAUGAUCUAUGGAUUUAUACAGGUGGUGGGCGAAUCACCAACAACAGAAGGGGUUAGUCACUUUGUUCGAUCUAGAGAUAGAUCUUAAUUAGUGGGGAAGCCUUAUCUUUAGCUUGAAGGGCUACGACUGUUAUGCUGAAAGUUAAGAGGAUAAUAAGAAGAAGAAGGCCAGCAGGCAGAUGUUAUCCAUUCAUGAAAACCCUCCACCUGCUUCAGAUCUGUCGUGCCCCCCUCCUCCCCAGCUAACCUCAUCUCCACUUAAAGAAAACAAGAGUGGUGGUGGUGAUGAUGAAAGUGAUUCUUCUGCUGUUGAGAAGGUAGAUCUGUCCCAGUCAAGUCCACCCUCCAAAUAUUUUUCCAUGAGGGAUUAUGUUUUUAGCGGCAGGAGCAAGAAUAUCAAGACAAACUGGCCUUUUUCUCAGAAAAGUUUGGAGCUUUGUUUGAAACAUGGUGUGAAGGAUUUGUUGCCACCUUUUGCUACUGCUGACAAUCUGAGACGUGGUACCUUAUUAGCUGCUAAACAGGAUACAACCGUUUUGCAUGGAGAGCAAUCCAGACCGUGUGAUGAUGAUGAUUCCUUGCCUCCUACCUCAGACAAUACUCCAUCACCUGCUAACAUAAAUUUAAGUGCUGGAACUGAAGUGAAUAAAGUUUUCUCUUGUUCAGCACUAAUAGAUUCUGUCCAGGUGAAUAGGAGGAGGAGGAGCAGGUCUUGUUUGGAAUUGGGACCUAAAGCUGGGAGACCAGACAAGGCCCACCCAGUUAAGAAGCGCAUCUUUACAGGCGCCAAGCUGAGCAGCAGCAGCAGCAUUGAGGAAAAUAGACCAAGUAAUUUUGCUAUUAUUUCAGAAUCAAUGGCAGCUGUUUCAAAAACAUGUCCAGUUUGCAAGAACUUCUCGUCAUCAUCAAACACCACUCUGAAUGCCCACAUUGAUCGGUGUCUUUCUGGCGAGUCACCAACCAUCAAGUGGACUUCUGCGAAUAGUGAAGUUAGCAGGCAUAGGAUGAAGCCCAGAAAAACAAGACUUAUGACUGACAUCUACACAACUGCCCAAUAUUACACAUUGGAGGAUCUUGAUCGAAGAAAUGGAACAACCUUUGCUGUCCGUCCCAGCUUUUCUGCCCAAGAGAUGGAUAGAUGUGAUCAUGAUAAAACAAAAAAAUUGCCGCCUGUUGUCGAUACUGACAAAGCAUGUGUUGAAGGUGCAGUCUAUGUUGAUGCCAAUGGGACUAAGCUUCGGAUUCUAUCAAAGUUCAAUGAUGGAAAAGGCACCACAUUUGCCUCAAAGAAAUUUAUGAAAGGUAACAAAGGGUUCAAGUUCCUUUCCACUUCCAAAACGAAUAAACACAAGAGCCACCAUUCCCAGAAAAAAUUCAAGAAGAUUUUGAAAUCCGACGCCCACAACAAAGUUGUCUGCUCUCUCAGUCGACAUAUUUUGGAGCUAAUGGAUGAGCUGUUUCGUUACUGCGAAAACAGAUGAGUGGUGCUCAAGAUAGGAGCUAUGUUCGAAAGCAAACUACUGAGAAAGAGGAAUUCCCAAACCUGCAACUCAGGUCUCAAGAUUACAACAAGAUGGGUAGUGAAAUUCAUGAAGAUCCAUAUGCCAACCUGAGCGGUUCUUCAAGAAACCUAAAACCGCCCCUAAAGGCAAAUUCUAGUGAGAAAAGACACAAGAGGUUGGGGGAUGAAGAACGUGAGGUCAGUGAUGAUGAUCACAGUGAGCUACCUUAUUUAACAAAGAAAGUUGGUUUUCAAAUGCUAAAGAAGAAGAGCAAAGCAGCAAAAUAUUUAAAAGCAGAUAAGGUCCUUUCACCCUGUUACAGUGGUGGGGGCACUACUAGUGGUCUAAAUCAAACACCUCAUCAUAGGAAUCCUGCGGUUAAUGUAAAUGCAGUGACACCAAGGUACAGUGGGGCCCACUGUGAUCAUGCAUUCUCUUCGAAAGCUAAGAAGUUCUCAUCUCCUAAGAAGAACCUAAUACCCAUUAGUCAAACGUCUGUGGUGAAAUGCAGCAGCCAUAAGAAAUUUAUGGUUCCUUGCAGCAGCAGACCCAUCAUCAUGCGUGAUGAGGAAACAUGUGAAGAUGAUGAUAAAAAAGAAUAUGAUCCAGCCGCUGAAAGCCAGGAUAAAUUUCAAGCCAGACAGCAUGAUGCCAAGAAAGCAAAGGUCUUGAGAAUCAGAAAGGAGGAUAAGAAGGAUGAAGAUAUGAGCAUGAAGGGCUUACAUUUCAUUGCCGGCCACUGUGGUCGCGAUAUUGGGAAUAAUAAUAAUAAUAACAACAAUAGUAGCUCUACCUUCAGUGUUGCAUCAGGCUUAUGUGAUGAUGACCACCUCCACCAUGUUGAAGUGGAGCCUGCCUUGUCAGAGUUGUCUGCCGGGAGAAAGUUUGUAAAACUUAGCAAACAUAUGGGCGGUUCUGGAGUGGAUGAAAAUAGCUGCUUGGGUGCUGAUGAUGAUCAUACACGGCUGCUGUUUGGGAAUGUGGAAUUUGAAAGGAAGGGGCGGUAUUUUAUUUGCUGUGACAAAGAGGGGAUGCUUCCUAUCCCUGCCGAUAUACGUGCCAUAGUCACUCAGAAGCAUGAAUUCCAAGGGGGGUAUUGUCACCUAGAGGUUGACUCAAUUCCUAUACCGGGACCACCAGGGUCCUUUAUACCCAGUCCUGGUCGUACGUUCUCAGAAGAAGUUUUUCAAGGAAAUUCAUCACUAGUCACCAGUAACAGCAGACCUCAAUCUUCUGAAGAAAACCAUCAUCCAGAUCAUGAGUUAUUUCUUGCUAAUAGGAGGGGGGUUUCAUCUGACGAUUCUCCAGUUUCUGCUACUUCUACACUCUCCCACUUUACCAGGUCCUCAGACCAGCCAGAUGCUAGUGGAAAGCCUUGGCUUUAUUCAACUACUAUAGAAGUAGAGAACCAAUCGAGCGGUCAUCAUCAUGGUGUGGAGAACCCUACUCCACAUCUAGAGGCCAUAAAUGUAACAUUAUUAUUACCUAAGAAAGGAUUCAAGUACAGUAGUAGUGAACAGCAGCAGUCAUGCUGUUGUGGAUGUGCCUCCUCUCAAACUCUUUCCUUGAGCUAUCAAGAGCCGCCUUUACCACAACUCUUGCAGCAGCAGAGGCGAACUACCCCACUUCCCCCGACAAAUUUACAUCUGUGUCAGUCCAAAGUCUCAGCUGACUCUGGGCUCCCAAGCCCCUCUAAGCCCGUUAUCAGGCUGAUGGGAAAGAAUGUAUUGGUGGACAGCAAAGAUGAUGAUGAUGAAAGUAUGACCCCGAAAGCAAAUCCCUCACCACAAAUAAGUUUCACGAGAGAGGCAGGUAAGCCAUAUCAUCAGACUGGAGAUCUUCAAGGCUAUCACCGUGGUUGGAGUGCUGGCAGUGGUUUGAUGACAAUGGGCAGCAUCCUUGAUCGUUGUGGGUCAUUUGGUGGUGGUGGUGGAUACGGUGUCAUCACUGAACAAGCGGGAGAUGUUUGUAACCAAAUGGCCUCCUUGUCUCAUAGUCAUUAUGCAGGUGCAGGCUCCACCACCAAAGAAGUAAUUGUGAUCAAGGAUAGCAGCAGCAGCAGCAGCCCAAACUGCAAAGAUUAUAAUAACAUCAAUGGAAUGGUGGAAAGUAGGUGUCCAGGUGGAAACUCCGUGCCCCCCUCCACCUAUACCACCCACUCGAUGAACUAUGCAGAUCUAUAUGGUGGUCAUACACAUCACCACCCUGGAUGGGCAGGAGUUGCCCACGCUGCAAGUUUUGGAGUGAACGGUCAGUGGAACCAUUCUUCAGAGAGUUCAGAUGCGGUCAAUGGGCACCCUCUAGCACCUCCUACCCCAUCAUCUACCAGGCAUCUAGGAUCUUCAUUGUACUGUACUCCUGGAUUUUCAUGACCUUCCAAAACUGUAGAGGUUAUUAAUCGAUCAAGCUGAGGUGCAUGACAUGACAUGGCAUAAAACUUAUAGGUAUCUGACAAAAGAAAAAGCAAGUUAAUCAUAUAUCCUGUUUGUUUGUUGUUAUAUCGGUUUUAAUAAAUAAAUAUGUUUUGCCUGAAACUUUUCUUGGACUACCUGAGCUUUUCUUGUGGGGCUUGUGUAUAGAUUAUAGUACCAAUAUGUGAUGAGUUUUGUGUGUUACGGACUAAGGAUUAAUUCAUACAUGCAUUCCCUAAAGGGCGUGGUCUUGGGAAUUGUGAGUGAUCUACGCCCCCUAUUUGUGAACGAAGUGAAUUAAGCCAUGACAAAUGGUAAAUCUUAUUCCCUC